CACCUGAGCACAACGCAGGGAAGUUGUGCAACACUGUUCCUGUACAUCAUCUCCGAACUUUGACCUGGGUACUUGGAGAUAAAACUUGCACUUGCACUUAAGAGUCAGCAGAUAAUUGAGAAGAGGAGCCUUUGAUCCAGUUAAGAGGAAAGAAGUACGUGACCAUGACCAUGUUGCGCACGUUGGGAUCCCUUCUGUUAAUUCUACAUGCUGUGUGUGGUCAGAGGAGCAUCAGGUGGUGCACCAUCUCGGACGCCGAGCAGAACAAAUGUCAGGCCAUGUCCCUGGCUUUUUCCCAAGUCUCCAUCCGGCCAUUGCUCAGCUGCGUGCGUGGAACCACAGUGGAGAACUGCGUGGAGAAGCUCCAGGGAAAUGAGGUUGAUGCUUUGUCCAUGUUUGCCCCUGACAUCUACAACCUGAGGAUGAGUGCCUCCUUCAAGAUAGCUGCCAGUGAAUUAAAGGCUGAUCGUACCGGGGCCUCUUACUUUGCAGUCGCUGUUGUGAAAAAGGUCAAGUCUAGCAUCAACAUCAAUAACUUGGCAGGGAAAAGGAGCUGCCACACUGGGAAAGGCCGAACGGCCGGCUGGAAUAUGCCCAUUGGACACUUCAUCGACCAGGGCUACAUGUCAGUCAUGGGCUGCAACAUCUUAGAGGGUGUUGCGCAGUUUUUUCGUGGCAGUUGUGUUCCGGGAGCAAAUGCGGUCGGCGAUCCUCCGUCUCUGUGCCAGCUGUGUAUUGGUGAUGGAAGCGGACAACACAAAUGUGAAGCGAGCAACAAUGAGCGAUAUUACAGCUAUGAAGGCGCUUUUAGGUGCCUGGCUGAAGAUGCAGGAGAUGUGGCCUUUAUCAAACACACAACAGUUGAAGACAACACAGACGGUCACGGCCCCGAGUGGGCAAUAAAGUUGAAGUCAGCAGACUAUGAGCUGUUGUGUCGUGAUGGCAGACGACUUCCUGUCAGUGAGUGGAGGACAUGCAACCUGGUCCGUGUCCCAUUUCGAGGCAUUGUGGUUGGCAAUCAUGUCACUCCAUCCGUGGUGUUUAACAUGCUGGUCGAGGGACUGGAGAAGUCUGGAUUCAACAUGUUUUCCUCCAAGCCUUAUGGAGCAGGAACAUUGCUCUUCUCUGAGUCCUCCGUCAUGUUUCAGAGCGCAGAGUAUGAUGACCCUCAGAAGUGGAUGGGUCAGCUCUAUCAUAACGCCAUGAGUGCCAUGGAUUGUAAACUUCCAGAAAACACUUUACGGUGGUGUGUGCUGUCCGCGGGCGAGCAGCAGAAAUGCGCUGCGAUGGGUAGUGCCUUUCAAGGUAGAAGCCUUACUCCAAGUGUCAAUUGUAUCCAUGGGGACUCUGUGACCGACUGCUUGGAGAAAAUAAAGAACAAGGCGGCUGAUGCCAUCACUCUGGAUGGAGGCUAUAUCUAUACAGCUGGCAAAGACUAUGGCUUGGUACCCGCUGCUGGAGAGAGCUAUACAGGGGAUCGGGAUGGCUCCAGUUAUUACGCAGUUGCGGUGGUGAGAAAGAGUAGCUACGACAUCAGAAGUCUUGAUGACCUGAAAGGCCUUCGGUCCUGUCACACGGGAUAUGGUCGCACGGCUGGUUGGAAUGUUCCUGUAUCAACCCUGAUGGAGAAAGGCCUAAUAAGCACUCAGCGCUGUCAGAUAGCACAAGCGGUGGGCGGGUUCUUCAAGGAGAGUUGUGUUCCAGGUGCAAAGCAGCCUGGUUUCCCUAGCAACCUGUGUGGCUUGUGUGUGGGAGAUGACUCAGGGAAGAACAAAUGUGAAAAGGGAAAGGACCUGUACGAUGGAUACGAUGGUGCCUUCAGGUGUCUGGCAACUGGAGAUGGAGAUGUGGCUUUCAUCAAGCAUUCUACUGUCUUCAAAAAUACUGAUGGGAACUCUACUGAAAUUUGGGCAACAGAUCUCCUAUCCAAAGACUUCCAGCUGCUCUGUCUCCAGGGUACCAAAGCCGAGGUCACGCAGUAUAGAUACUGUCAUCUGGCUCGCGUCCCCUCCCAUGCUGUAAUGGUGCGGCCUGGCACCAACAUCCACGCAAUCUAUGGACUCCUGGACCAUGCGCAGACAUAUUUUGGCAGCGACACAGGUUCAGAGUUCCGGAUGUUCGACUCGCAGGCGUACAAGGGCACAGAUCUUCUCUUCAAAGACUCCACCGUGCGCCUUGUGGGUGUAGCUGACAGGAAGACCUACCAGGAGUGGCUGGGCCAGAAAUACUUGGAUUCGCUGAUCAACAUGGAGUGCAGUGCAUCGUGUGCAGUGAUUUCCUCGCUGUGGUUGGUCGCUGUAGCGCUGCUCUGCUCCAUGCUGAUGAACAUCUGAAUGACAACUUCUGCUUACUUCCCUCCCUGUUCUCUUUUCCUAAUCCCUCCAUCACAUUGCACUGGUUAAAUACAGAUACCUGCUCCCCCUGAUGUCAACUUUAAAAAUUAUUUUAAGGGGCAAAAACAAAAAUUGCCACUUGUAGCUAUGAAAGAAGAUGAGCGUCUGUCACUAGCAAUUUGUUUGUAGAAGGUGAGCUGCCAUAUCAGAGCAUAUGCUGCCAUCUGUUACAUUCUCAAUGGUUGGUAGGAUUACCCCGUUAGUUUUUCUCCAGUAGUUUCAGGAACGGGUUCUUAUUACCCGUCACUAUUUAGCCUCAGAUAAAGGGAUCUACUUUGAGCCACAUGACCAAAAUAAAAAUUCAAAAAUUCUCAAUCACUACAUUGACACUUAGGUGCAUAAUGCCCAUGGAAAUUCCAGCUAAACAGAAAUGGCUUACCACAUUGAAAGACCCUUUGCAGAUUUUCUCUGUUUUGUGAAUCUGUCAAUCUACAAUGAAAGACCCUUUGCAGAUUUUGUUUUGUGACUCUGUCAAUCUAUACCUCUUAUUAUUUUUUUCAGUUUGAAAUAUCAAUUUGAUGUAUAUUUUCUUAUAUCCAGAGAUUUAUUUUUAUAUGAUGUUCAGAUGCCAUAUCAGUGUAUAUGUACUGACUCAUACUGCCGGAAAUUAGUACAUUCUUUUCUCUGAACAGAGAUUUUAUUUCAGUGUGAAAUGAUACAAAUGUAACUAAUAUUUAGUUGCCAGGCCAGUGAGUCUGCAUGGGUAUUAAAGCUAUUGUAUUCAGCUGUUUUGUUUCUUGUUAAAAUAAAUUCUGAAGCAUCAAAA